AUGCAGAACAACCCUACAACCCAAAACAUAUUCCUCGAAGGUGCCACUACGAGGUCGGAGUACGACAACUCUGACACGUCUAGCAAUGGGAACGUCCCGUCAGACUACUAUCAGCACACAAGCCAACAAGAUAAUGAUAUGGAAGGAGACACGUUCCCCAGUAACCUAACGAACGAUGGAAGCACUCCGACCGCUACACAACACAUGGUAUCUACCGACAUGAUCUCAAAUGCCCCAUCAACUGGUCUCAGCCACCAGUUGAGCCACCACGCUCACGUGAACCCAUCGAUCCCCAACCGCGUCACCGCCACAAACCCAGACAAUGGCCCGAGCAAGCGCCCUCGUAACACAGUAACCCUCGAAACUCAUCACGUCUAUGACAACCCAAAGACGCCUCAAUGA